UAUUUCAAAACUUUUCAGUUCUUGAAUUUGUUGUAUUACUAAUUUUUAAACAUAGUUCUUCCACCUUUUAUGUAAUUUCAUAUAUAAACAGGGGUCACAGUACACAGUGAUGUAAUUUAGAGCUUAUAAAAAAGUGAAAAGAAGACCUAAUAUCAGAGUGAAAAUUCAUUGCAUAUUGAACUCUUAUAGAAUGACAUGGAAGAAAAAUCACAAGACAAAUCAAACCCAUCUCAUUUUGAACUUUGCACAGAUGAGGAGGAUCAUCUGGAGGAGGUCACAAUUGCACCUGAGAAUGAAAAUGCCAAGUGUAUUUCAGUAUUUUGCUCAGCAUGUCAACAAGCAGUAUAUCCGCACCAUCUUUUUUACCAUAAUAAAAAACACAAAGCCCUAACUUUGCUGGGCUACAAUAGCUCACAAACAGAGAUGGACAAUGAAACACUUCUAGCUCAGAGACAGAAGCUAAUUUCAAAAUUGACCAAGCUUCCUAAAUAUUCUGAAAGACAUAGGCAGAAGAUUGAUUAUUCAUUUGAGUUCCUUAUCGAUGAUCACACUCCUACAAUAUAUUGUGAUCUCAACACCAGUCCUAGUAUUCUUAAAAAAAUAAAAAAUUCUUCAAUAAAAGCAUUAUCAGUUUGCCAAGAUAAAAAUUCCACAUGGCAGGGAGACAUGGAAGACAGAUUUUUUGUAGUGGACAACUAUGGAAAUAGGUCAGAUACGUGUUUUCUGGGGCUAGUCGAUGGCUAUCAUGGUGUGACAGCUGCAGAAAUGGUUGCAGCAGAGCUUCCACUUUUAUUUCUUGAUCAGCUUGCUCAAACAGAUUCUUCCUACAAAAAGACUGAGGAGGAACAGCAAAUUCUGAAUUCUUUUGCCACAGUAAUCGAGGCAGACUACAGGAAAAAGGAAAUGACUUUUUCUGAUAAACAGGACAACGAUGAGACCAACAAGACCAAUAAUUACGAAUGGAUUCACAAAGCAUAUGCCAAGUCCUUCUGGAGAAUGGACAGACUUUUACGACUAGGAAGGAAUGAAGUUUCCAAAGUUCGCUGGAGCGGCUGCUCAGCUGUUACCUGUUUGAUAGAAAGACUCCCCAGCAAAAGUACAGACGGUAAUGAAGAAGAAAGAACACACUUUGAAAACAGAGCACAUAGUCCAUUAACCAGGACAGCUGAGGAUGUUGCUGGGUUACUGCACAUUGCUAACAUAGGGAAUGUACAUGCAGUUUUAUGUAAAAAUGGCAAGAGUUAUUGCCUCUCAGAAGAUCACAGCACUUCUAAUGUACGUGAGAGAAAACGCAUACUUCGGAAUGGUGGAAACAUCAGCACUAAUGAACCAGAUGGAUUAGUAGAGGGUCACCUUAAAACUACAAGGGGUCUUGGACACCAUGGAGAUCCAGUACUGAAAAAAUCUGUUAUACCUGUACCUCACAGCAUCUCUGUCCCUAUUGAUAAUACUUGCCAAUUUCUUGUUUUAGCUUCUAAUGGGCUUUGGGAGGUUUUGGAUUACAAUCAAGUAUGUGCAGUAACACUAACAACAUUCACUCAUUAUUUGAGAAUGUAUGAAAAUGUUCACCAAAACGGGGCCUCUCUGUAUAAAUGUCAGUAUUUGAUGACCCUCUCUGAAGAGGACUUAAACCACUCUGAGGCUACUAAUGGUCUGCAAGAUGGAACAGAGAUGCUGUACUCCAAUAUUUUUCCUAGUGGCUCAAAAGGCAACUUCACACAAAGCAAGCCAAAAUGUUCUAGGAGUACCUAUUUGCAAAGUGAAGACAAAGUUCCUAAGGAAACCAAUGACCACAAAAAACAAGCUGAUCCAGAGCUGUCUCUCUUCAGUAAUGAUGAAAAAGGUCAACUGAACAGAGGGAUAAAACAGUCUGAUAUUACACGAGGUGACUCUGAAGAACUGACACAGUCAGAGGACAGAAAAAUUUGUCAAUAUAAGAGUUUUCAGCCACGGUCACAGAACGCAGCUCAAGAAGAAACAGACACUGACAAUUUUUGUGCAACCAGUUCAAGUCACAUCCAUAAACAGCUGCAAAAGAAUGCACUGACAAUAGGAUCUACAGACAUGGAAGAGCCUCAGAAAGAUAUAGAAGCACACCUAUCUAAUUAUGACUCACGCCCACACCUGGCAGAAAAAAUGGACUCCAAGAUACUCUGUGAUGAACCUGCAAGUUAUACCAGCCAGCAACUGUUGAAGACCACGUUGCCAGUGGAUUGUAAAGCACCAACAGAUUUUGAACAGGACACAAAAGUGUACCUGUCUGAUUGUGAAUCACAAGCUGCAGGAAGAGGCUGGGUCGCCUCUGAGAGGCUCUAUGAGAAAGCAGCAAGCUACAUCAGUGAACAACUGGUAAAGACUGCAUUAGCUGCAGGUUCAAGAGAUAAUAUUACUAUUCUGAUUGUACUUCUAAGUGGAUGUGAUAAGAUACCUAACUACCUCAACGUUUGAAAAUUUAUCAUACGGUAAGUGGAGUUCCACAGUACAUACAGCACAAGCUUACAUUUAGCUGAGCCACGAAGUUACACAAAAUCAUCUUAACUGCUGACCAGGGAAGUUAAUCAUACAUCUUCUCUCAAACUCUAUGAAUGCAAUAAAAACUUCU